CAUCACUUUUUUCCUUCUACGACAAUGACGUGUCUGCUUUCAACGAUUUCGGACUCUCCGCCACUUUAAUCUGUCUUCGUGGAGUCGAGGGCACUCCACUCUUUCCGACCGUGAGGAUCCGCCUCAUCAGGUUUCAAGGCUCACGAUGGGGGGCAUGAUCUUGCCCAAGGGCAUAGUCACCAACACAAGCUGGAUUUAUGAGGAGGUCGCAAAGUAUCCCGUUGUGCCGCCAGACCAGAUUCAUAAAUACUGGCGUGUUUACACAACAACGUUUACGCGUCUUGUUGACCCAACUGCCAACCGCCUCGAAAACUUCUGGUGGCAUGUCUGGGGCAGCGAACUCCGUAAUCUCCCCGGACCAGUCCUGGCCCGGCUCUUUGAGGAAAUCUCAAAUGGACCAACGUUUGUGAAAUUGCGAAGUACCGCGAAUCGCUAUGAAGGGCCUUCACAACCGUCGUCUCCAAACGCCAACAGGGUCGUGGAUCCAGACCGUCACGACGAAAAUAAUAGUACAAUAGCCCACGAGGGUGUACAAUCCCCAUUGAGCCCUGAGCUGGAUGCUCCUGCAGACCUUGCUGUGGCCAGGAAGAGUUCUGCUAUGCAACAACCGCCAGGAAAGCCGAUCCUCAAGACACCAAGAGCUCCGUCAAGCACAGGCCCUCGACCAGUUGCGCGUUUCGUCUCACCAGCUGUCUCCGACUCGGAAGAUCUAGCCUCCUCGAGCAGCACUGCUGUGAAUGAGCAAGCGAACGCCCGGGACGCUGACCUGCUCAAAGCCAAGGUUGCUGACAAAAAGCGCGUCGGCUCAGUAACUCCCAAAAAGAAGGGUGCAAAAGUGGUAGCGUCUACAGCAGCACGGCGUAGACCUGCGAUGCCACGGCGGCCCAGCUCCCAAUCUUCUGCCGGAGGAUCUGACAACGGUUCCAAGGAAAGUGGAUCAGUAUCAUCCAAGAUCAGCAGCUCAGCACGCUCCAUUGAGACUAUCGAGGAAGGCAAGCGCACGCCCGCAGCACAUCGGCCAGGCACAGAUGUCAAAAUUAUUAGCGCGAAAUCAGUGGGGAAACGCCCGGCAACAUCAGUCAAUCAUGAUCACGCAAAUACAUUAGAGCCGGCAAAAACACAAACUCCACCGUCGAGCAACCUUACCUCGGCUGGACUGCAGACGAGCCAGCAUCAGAUGGCCAACUCUGUCCCAACAACGACAAGCGAGCCACCGACAACGAACCCUCAGCCCUCCCCUCGUGCUAGAAACUCUUCCUACGAAGGCCAGGGGACCACAAAUGGGCGUCCGUCGUUUCCGGCUGGUGCUGCAAUGAGCCGAUCCAGGUCUGACAUGGGCACAUCACGUCCUGGAAUGCGAGACUGGAAUAUGAACCGCCGCGGUUUCUCUCAAGGACUCCUCUCCGGCACCACAGUCACUACUUCUAAUGCCACGGCUCAAGGUACUAUCAUCGAGUUUGACGAAAACAUACCUGCAAGCCUGGCUUCCCUACACAACUUUGGUACCGAAGAUGAUCCCAUACAAGGUCUCCAGCGAUCAGGCACAGGGUCAUCAACAAGCUCGCGUCUUGUGCCAACACUUCCAAGCGGGAGUCCUAACGUUCAUCUAGGAAGAUCAAAGAGUCAAUUGACACUACUCCUUGAGCGCCAAGGUGACGACAAACGGAGCCGCCGGUGAGAUGGCAGUUAUUCCAUCGUCAAACUUUGUACAACAUUCGGAACCGAGUCUCACAGCAGUUGUGGCCCGGUCAAUGACUUGCCAGGUCCAG